UCUGUUCGCCAGUUCCGACGUUUCACCGGUUCCGAAGUAUUCCGAAUAUAACUUCCGAGAAAUUAGGUCAUCCAAUAGUGAAAGUAAACAGCAUUGAACCUGUACAUUUUCCAAAGUAAUUGCUGGCAUAGGAGUAAUGGCCAGAAUUAAGAAGACCAGUGACUUGGGAUCUUGUAGGACACCUUGCAAAUCAGCCAGAAAAAAUGCUAAUAUUGCCAGUCCAGUCCAGAGUAAAGCAAACAAAAUAACUUUAAAAUACAAGAAAGGUUUUAGGAAAUCUCCAGGUAAAACAGAAAGAAUAAAGUUUGCCAUGAAAAAGGUUUUAAAUGGGAUGUCAGUUCUGAAAGCUGCCAAGAAAAACAACUUAUCUGAAAAGUUUUUGAGGCGUAGGAUUGCUGGUGAUGUUUCGUAAGAGAGUAGAAAUGGCCCAAGACCUGUUUUUAGUGCAAAAGAGGAAGAGGAAAUGGCUAAGUGGUUGGCUGAGAUGUCCAGAAGAGGGAUGGGUUUAGGUGUGGCAGACUUUUUAGAAUUUGUUUGUGGUAUUUUAAAGAAAGACAAAAGGAAGAAUAACUUUAAAAAUGAUCGCCCAAGUUAUACAUGAUUUUACAGUUUUAUGGCACGUAAUGCUCAUUUAGUUGAGAUAAGAAAGGAGUCAUCUUUGGAAAGUUCAAGGGCCAAAGUUACCUCUACAGAACUUGAUAAGUGGUUCUCUAAUUAUUACAAGUUUGUAUCUCAGCUUCAUCUGCUGGACAAACCAAACAGAGUCUACAAUGCAGAUGAGUCAGGGUUUUCUAUGGGGAGUAAGGCUGGAUCUGUGAUUGGGCCAACAAAGUCAGAAUACCCUAGGAACUUGCCACAUUUGAGUGGGAACAGUAAGAAGAGGUUGACUGCCAUGUUUUGUGGUAAUGCUGAGGGUGAUAUCAUCCCACCAUUUUUGGUAUACCCUAGUCCUCAGCCUACAGCAUAUGAUCCUUUGAUUAACAGCAGGAAAGGUACAGUCAUAGAGUAUACUGACAAAGGAUGGAUGAAUGCCAAGACAUUUUUCAAGUUCCUCCAACAUUUUGAUAAGUAUGCAUGUCCAAACAGACCAGUAAUUUUACUCAUUGAUAGUGUGAGCAGUCACAUUGAUUUGGAUGUUUUUACCUUCGCCAGAGAGAAAGGGAUAGAACUAUACAGACUUGUACCAACUGCAACUCACUUCUUACAACCCUUAGAUAAUGGUCUAUUUGGGCCUUUGAAAAAUCGUGGUACCAAAUUGUUAGAAAUACAAAAGAAAACCCAGAUAAGAGCAUUGGGAAGAAAAAUUUUGCAGCAAAACUUCAAGAGGCAUUUUUAA